AUGAAAAUCAAUGUGGAUGGAUUAUUGGUGUACUUUCCUUAUGAAUAUAUUUAUCCGGAACAAUAUUAUUACAUGAUAGAGCUUAAACGAACUCUGGAUGCUAAGGGUCAUGGUGUACUUGAGAUGCCAUCUGGAACAGGAAAAACAGUCUCUCUUUUGAGUCUUAUUGUUGCCUAUAUGAAAGCAAAACCUGCAGUAGUAUCAAAAUUGAUUUACUGUUCUAGAACCGUUCCAGAACUAGAGAAAGUUGUCGCUGAACUCAAAGUCCUUGACAAAUAUUAUUCUCAGGAGACAAAAGAAAAGGGCUGCAGCCUUUUAGGCGUUGCUCUUAGUUCAAGGAAAAAUUUAUGCAUUGAAAGGUUUGUUCGGCGGGUUGGUGACGGGGCAGAAAUUGAUGCUGCCUGCAGAAAACUAACCGCUUCCUUUGUAAGGGACCGGCGUAAAACAAACACCUCUCUUGCAUACUGUAAAUUUUUUGAGGCAAUAAGUUGCCUGAAAAGAUUUAUCAUCGCAAUUAUUAAAGGAAACAUAUAA